AUGGUGGCAUCUCUGAGAACCAGAAACAGCCCCCACCUCCUGAUUCGCUUCCUCAACUCAGCGACUCUCCCCCGUCGAAGGUGGCUGGGAACCGUAGCCUACGAAGAAUUGCGAGCGCAUCCGGAGAAGCCUUACACUUCAACGGCAGUUUUCAUUCAUGGCUUUUUGGGAUCCUCCAGAAACUGGCGCUCCUUCUCUCGCAACCUCUUGGCUUCUCUCUCCAAUUCCUCUCCCUCUUCCAAUUGGAGGACGGUGAUGUUGGAUAUGCGGAACCACGGGAAAUCGACGGAGAGAAAACUGAAUCCACCUCACAAUAUCGAAACUGCGGCCAAAGAUUUGGCCGAUUUGGUGAAGGCUGAAGGUUGGCCUUGGCCUGAGGUUGUCGUUGGUCACUCCAUGGGUGGAAAGGUGGCUUUGCAGUUUGCUGAGAGCUGUAGCCGCGGUGACUAUGGUCAUGCUGUUCUGUCGCCUAAACAGCUCUGGGUAUUGGAUUCUGUCCCUGGAGAAGUGAACCCUGGAAACACAAACGAUGAAGUCCGGAAUGUUUUAGCGACCUUGCAAAGUUUACCAUCACAAUUCCCAUCUCGCAAGUGGCUUGUGAAUCAUCUGAUGGGACUUGGUUACUCUAAAGCACUGUCGGACUGGAUAGGCACCAACCUGAAAAAAGUUGGUGAUCAUGAGACGUGGAUAUUUGAUCUUGAAAAUGCUAAGGAGAUGUUCGAUUCUUACUGUGAAAAGUCUUACUGGAAUCUAUUGGAGAAACCUCCUAAAGGUAUGGAAAUAGUAAUUGUGCGUGCUGAAAAAAGUGACAGAUGGGACCAAGAUGCUAUUGAGAGGAUCCAGAAACUAGCCAAUCGGGGAGGAUCCGACUCUCUUGGAAAAGUUUCCUUUUGUGUUCUUCCAAAUGCUGGUCAUUGGGUUCAUGUGGACAACCCAAAGGGACUUCUUGAGAUUGUGGCUUCCAAGAUAGCAUCCCUCUAG